AUGUGGCCUUUCUUCUCAAUCUCAUCUUCCAAUUAUUUGUUCUUGCAGUUAGCGGCACCUGAGAGCCAUUUACUUGUUUCCAGCUCACUUGACAAAACUUUACGGAUCUGGGACUUAAGGAAGAGCUGGACACCACAGCCUUUUAUUGUCAAAGGACACAACGACGGUGUUUCGGGUUUCUCCAUCUGGGGCAAGGACGUUAUCUCCAUCUCAAGAAACAAUAUCGGGAUUUUCCCACUUUCAAAGUCUCAAGACGAGGAGGAGCAACAGCAGCAGCAGCGGAUAAUACCACAGAAACUGUAUAUGGCGGAGAAAGGAGGAAGAGUCAGAUCGGAUUUAUCAACCAUAUGUGUUUUACCAUUCUCCAGAUUGUUCAUCGUUGGAGGACAUGAUGGUUACUUGAGAAUCUGUUGUUGAAAUUAUAUACAAACUAUAUACUAUAUCAUAUCAUUGUUUUUUAACAAAUUCUACGGCCCUCUCUAUAUUUUAUGUUUUGGAUAGUGCCAAGCACGCUCACUGGUAUGAUUGUGAUGGAGAGAAAGAGGAAUUAUUUGUUAAUGGCUAAAUGUGGUAAUGAGCAAUGACUGAUGUAUUUUUUCCUC